AUGUCGUCUUUACGUUUUGUAAUUUCCGCUCAAACAUUUAUGCAAAACGUUUUGAACGAUGACAAUUUUGAAAUUGUCACCGAAUCACAUGUAUGUGACCGUAGUGAUAUCUUAAUAGAGAUAGACAAUAUGAUGAAAGCCGAUAAGAAUAUCGCUGAGAUACAACCAUAUUAUAAGGAUCAAGUAAAAGAAUUCGAGGCGGGCCCUCACAUGACUGGUGUCGUGCAAAGGGUUGCAGCCAAAUUGGGCAUAGAAUCUAAAGAACUGAACCCUGAGAUAAUAACAGCUAUGUACGAAGUGAGUGCUUACGAAUAUUCUAUUGACCAAAAUAGGAUACCGCCUUGGUACAAAGUAUUCUGCCCAGAUGACCUUGAAAUUCUGGAGUAUGCCUGGGACAUUUCUUGGUAUUAUGUUAUUGGUUAUGGAAAUCCUUAUAACGCAAAACUCGCUUGUCCGACGGCCAUACGUCUCGAAGAAAGGUUCAGAAACAAAAUCAGUGGAGAAGGACCGGAUGGUGUAUUCUACUUUGCAAGCGAGAAGAACGUAUUGGUUAUGCUCAUCAUGUUAGGCCUAGCUAACGGUGACGCUCCAUUUACAGCAUCCAACUACAAAUGUAUGAAGGAUCUUGAAUGGAGAACUUCGUUGUAUGGUCCAUUUGCUGCAAAUUUUAUAGCAGUGAUUAUAAAGUCGCAUUUUAUUUCAACGAAAAACUAA